GCAGCCCACCGCCUCGACCUCGCUCCUGCGCUCACCGCUGCUCCCAAGCACUACCCAACUCCCAAUCCUCCACGUCGCAUGACAGACAGCACCUUCCUGUCUGCAUUCACCGCCCAGACCAGCUCAACUUCACCAACGGCCCGCACGGCCAUCGUCAUCGCAAUCUCCUGUACCACUUCAUUCGCCGACCGUGCUCCGUAGCCUGGACUGCCCCAUUCUGCAAAACUCUACGCGACUUCACGCGUCAAAGCGUCUGGAGAGACUAUACAAGGUCUCCAAGGACGUCGGCCGCCUCGCAUGUAAUGGCAGCAGCGCGCCGACAGCCGUCCAUGCAGAUUUUUCAGGAUCCCGUACUACCCCAGGACCACCACCAGGCCGCCGCGUACGACCCGCGCUACCUCGACGCCUUUGUGAGCAUCGUGGACGUGUCAAACGACUCCCACACGCUCCUCGCCCCGCCAGACUCCCUCCAGACCGAGCCGUCGCCGCGAAAAGGGCGACACGUCUCCAGCUCCCCCCCACGCAACGUCCUUGGCAAGAAGGACGUCAACCUCCCUCCACCCAGGGAGCAACGCUUCCGCACCGACGCGCCUAUGAAGAAGGCGCGACAGCCCGCGCAACCACAGAUCAUGGCCCCCAUUCAGUGCUGGUCUGGUCUGCCAUCGUCCCAAAUGGACAAGGAGAACGCGUACACCUACCCGGAGCCCAGGAUGACUGCCAUGUCAGCCGCCGAGCCACCGGCUAAACAAACAUCCAACAACAAACGCGCCCUGGUAGACGCAGCACCGCUGCGCGACCGCAGCAAGAAGCAGAAGGUCGCCAAGGAGGUCAAGAUCGAAGAAUCCGAAGGACCUCUCCCUGAACCAGAUGAGAUGCCAUCUGUUGAGGAUGAUGGCAACAAGCCGUCGUACAGCUAUGCCAUGCUCAUCGGAAUGGCCAUUCUUCGCGCGCCGAGUCGACGUCUCACAUUGGCGCAGAUCUACAAGUGGAUCUCAGACACAUUUGUAUUCUACCGCAACUCGCAAGAGACAGGGUGGCAGAACAGCAUUCGUCACAACCUCAGCCUUAGCAAAUCUUUCUCUAAGCAGGAGCGACCGAAGGAUGAUCCUGGAAAAGGUCACUACUGGGUCAUCAACGCCGGCUUCGAGAAGCAGUACCACAAGGUCAAGCCCACACGCCGUUCCACUAACCCUGACGGUUUUAUUCCAGCAUAUCCCAGCGACCUGCCUCGCCCUUCCACGGCAACGUUUGCUAGCUUUCCCCCGAUGAGCUCCACCAAAGGCUUUGAUUCAAGCAGAUUCCCAGAGCCAGAGGAAAAUGAACUGCCAGACUCGGAUGCCACCAUUCCAUGCUCAGACCCUGCUGCACACGACGGUCAUGACUCAAUGAACAUGCCACCGCCGCGCGCAAUGCCAUCCUCACCACCACCAGCUGACAUCCAAUCAUCUCCACCACCGCCUGUCUCACGGUCGCGCUCUGUGCGUGAGGACACCCCACCGCGCGCACCUCGCUUCCCCUCCAACAGCCGAUCAGGUGGACGUAGGCGCAAGUUCAACGGCCUUGGUGACAGCGGCUACUACUCCUCCAUUGAGUCAUCUGCGAUCAAGGGCAACCCGCUUGGACCACUUCUCACUUCCGAGGCUGAUCUCGAUCGACCAUCCAUCAAGAGGGGACGUGCUGAAGAGGAAAUUGCCCGGAUACGUGGCUCCUCAUACGACUCCCCGUCCAAGGCAAGGCCCUACAUGAAGCAGCCUGGUGCUGCCCAACCCAUCUCGUCGCCCUUCCGUUCAAGCGAGAAGCUCAAUGGCAACCCCCUCACCCCUGCUAUUGUCUUCAAACGACCCGCUCUGCCUCCCGCCUCCGCAUCGCCAAACACCAACCUGCGCAACCACAGGAACAAGAUGCGCGAGCUCGUCGGUGGCUCGCCAGACAAGAGCCUAGCCAUGUGGGUCGACACAUCCUUCUUGGAUUCCAAAGGCUGGAGCCCGGCUGUGUCGAUCCCUAAUGAAGAGCAUGUCAACCUUGUCGGCGAAGGCUUUGAGAACACGUUCGACAUUUUCGGCGACCUCGGCUAUAACGAAAGCCCGCUCAAGCGUAGUGUUGGCAAGCAACGCCCACGUAUGGAACGUGCUGUUACCACCAGUGGUGUCCUAGCUGACAUCACCGGCUCCAAGGGCAACAUGACGAAUUCGCCUACUCCUAACUGGAAGAUGGCGUCUUCAUUCCUCAACAUCCCUAACCUGUCGCCGAUCAAGGGCAUAUCACCACUCAAGGCACCCCAGCUGAAGCCUUCGACAUCUGCCCCAUUGGCAGGCCUGGGUCUUUCCCUCCCCGGGCCGAGCAAGGAGAACAGCUUGCCCGGCCUAUCUCCUCCCCAGACUUUCAGCGCCCCUUCCACACAGCAGCACAGCAAGGAUGAUGAUGACAUCUUCCACCUGUUGCACAGCGACGAGUCUGAGCCUGGUAUCGAUCUGCUUCAAGGGUUCGAGAAGAUUGGCGCGAGACCAUCUGCUGUCGCACCCAAUGGCUCACCCAAGAAGCUGUCGAGGCCUGGUCUCGCUCGUAGCAACACUGUUCGAUUCUAAGCUUGUACCACAGAUGAGCACAUGGUGAACCCUCGACUCCGAGUCAACCAAGGCUUGAGCGUUGUCAUUCAGUUGUAGCCGCCCCCCCCCCCCCCA